AUGGUUUCAUUCAGACAUCCACAUAUUGCAAAUCCACGCUUACAGCUGCCUUCUCCAGAGGAUAAGUGUCAGCAGAUGCUGGAACCUCCUUAUGAUGAGAUGUUUGCAGCUCACCUAAGGUGCACCUAUGCUGUUUCCAACCAUGACUUUGUUGAAGCUUACAAAUAUCAAACAGUAGUAGUCCAAUCAUUUUUGAGAAUAUUUCAGGCACAUAAAGAAGAAAACUGGGCCUUGCCUAUCAUGUAUGCCAUUACUUUGGAUUUGCGAAAUUUUGCUAAUCGCGCUGACCAGCAACUGGUUAAGAAAGGAAAAGGCAAAAUUGGUGAUAUGUUAGAAAAAGCAGCAGAACUGUUGAUGAGUUGCUUCAGAGUGUGUGCUAGUGACACCCGUGCAUCUUUUGAUGACUCCAAAAAGUGGGGAAUGUUGUUUCUCGUCAAUCAACUUUUUAGGAUUUAUUUUAAGAUUAGCAAACUUCAUUUGUGCAAACCCUUAAUCAGGGCCAUUGACAGUUCCAACUUUAAAGAUGAAUAUGCCAUGUCUCAAAGAGUGACUUAUAGAUAUUAUGUUGGUCGCAAGGCAAUGUUUGACAGUGACUUCAAAAAAGCUGAAGAAUGUCUGUCAUUUGCCUUUAGGAACUGUCUCCGCACGUGUCAAAAAAAUAAAAGGAUGAUUCUCAUCUACCUUUUGCCAGUAAAGAUGCUGCUGGGUCACAUGCCAGCCAUACAAUUGCUCAGAAAAAAUAUGACCUGAUGCAAUUUGCAGAUGUCACCAAGGCUGUCAGUGAAGGUAAUCUUCGGCUAUUGACUGAGGCCUUAACCACACAUGAGACUUUCUUCACACGCUGUGGUAUCUUCCUGAUUCUGGAAAAGCUGAAGAUAAUUACAUACAGAAAUCUUUUUAAGAAAGUGUAUCUGCUACUUCGAACACAUCAACUUUCACUUGAUGCCUUUCUAGUCGCCCUAAAAUUCAUGGGGGUGGAAGAUACAGAUACAGAGGAAGUAAACUGCAUUGUAGCUAAUCUGAUUUACAUGGGACACAUUAAAGGUUACAUAUCUUAUCAGCAUCAGAAGCUUGUGGUCAGCAAACAAAACCCUUUUCCACCCCUGUCAACCAUCUGCUAA